GUCGGAGAAAUGGGAGACCCGGGGUCGGAGAUGAUAGAAUCUGCCCGUCCAGCUGGGCCUGAGGCAUCAGAGUCAACCAUGGAUGAAAAUGAAGAUGACAUUCAGUUUGUUAGUGAAGGACCAUUAAGACCUGUCCUUGAAUACAUUGACCUGGUCAGCAGUGAUGAUGAAGAGCCUAGCACCUCCCAAAGUGAUGCGAAUGUUAAGCGUAAAGAUUGUAUUGAAUAUCAGCAGGAUAAAGUUGCCUUAACUCUGGCUCGUCUAGCUCACCAUGUCGAAGUCGAGAAACAGCAGAAAGAAGAGAAGAAUAGAGCAUUCCGGGAGAAAGUUGAUUUUCAGCAUGCUCAUGGAUUACAAGAAUUGGAGUUUAUUCAAGGACAUUCUGAUACUGAAGCAGCAAGACUCUGUGUGGACCAGUGGCUAAAAAUGUCAGGACUCAAAACAGGCACGGUUCAUUCUGGAGCGAAAAGUUCAUUCCGAAGAGGAGGUCAAAUUCAGGUGUCUGUGAAACCUAUUUUAUGCCCCAUAAUGCACUGCAACAAGCAGUUUGAUAAUGGACACCUUCUCUUGGGACAUUUGAAAAGGUUUGAUCACUCACCAUGUGAUCCAACAAUCACACUACGUGGCCCUAUCAUCAAUUCCUUUGCUUGUGUAGUGUGUUACAAAAAAUUUGUUACUCAACAGCAAUAUAGAGAUCACCUUUUUGCUAAGGAAGCUACAAAUGAUGGACAUACGAACAACCUCCUUCCUCAGAUUAUUCAGUGUUUUGCGUGUCCAAAUUGCUUCCUUCUUUUUAGCAGCAAAGAUGAAUGUUUGAAGCACAUGUCUGGGAACAAUCAUUUCCUUCAAAGUUUUAAACUGGGUGAUGUCAAGGGAAUAGCACAGCCAAUAUCAUUUCCAUCUUUUGCAAAGAAACUUUUGAUCAGUCUCUGCAAAGAUGUUCCAUUUCAAGUCAAAUGUGUGGCCUGUCACCAGACACUGCGUUCCCACCUGGAGCUUUCUGCCCAUUUCAGAGUUCGAUGUCGAAAUGCUGGUCCUGUCGCUGUAGCUGAGAAGAGUAUUGCCCAAGUGGCAGAGAAAUUUAUACUAAGAGCGUAUUGUCCAAGUUGCAACCAAGUCUUUGUGGAUGAAGCCAGUACCUGGAAUCAUAAGCAGAAUUUAGGACACAAAGUCCAAAUCAUCACCUCAAUGGAAGAAUCCGUUUUACUUUAUUGCCACAGCAAUCAAAGAAACAAAUCUUUUUCAGAUUUGGAUUUACUCUUAGAUCAAUCAAAGUUUUUAUCACUCAAAAGAACUAUGUCAACUAAAGAAACUAGCACACAGGAUUACUGCCCCAUUCCAAUAAAGAAGAUGAAUUUAGAAAAUGAAAGUCAUGAAGGUAUGGUUCGUGUCCAGGCAGAAAGGUCAACAAUUAAAGCUUGGUAUUGUGAAUGCCAUCAACGAUUCCCAAGUGAAGAUGCAGUAGAGAAGCAUGUUUUCUCAGCAAACACAAUGUGUUACAAGUGCAUGGUCUGUGGGAAAGUGUGUGAAGAUCCAGGUGUCAUCCGUUUACACAUGAGUCGUUUUCAUGGAGGAGCACAUCUCAGUAACUUUCUUUUCUGGUGUCGGACAUGCAAGAAGGAGUUAAGGAAAGAGACCAUCAUGGUACAUGUGACUGAAUUUCAUAAUGGACAUAGAUAUUUUUAUGAGACGGAUGAGGUACAAAGUGAGACUUUGCCAUCUUCCUUUACAAUACUGGGGACUAACCUAGCUGCUGAGAAGGCUCCUUCCACCGUUGCUAUUCUUGAUCAUUCCCCAGCAAGCAGCACUCCAAGGGGCAAAUGGCAAUGCCGGAUUUGUGAAGAUAUGUUUGAUUCCCAGGAAUGCGUCAAACAGCACUGCCUGUCUUUGACAAGUCACCAGUUUCAUAGGUACAGCUGUGCCCAUUGUAAAAAGACUUUUCACAAGAUAGAAACCUUAUCCCGACAUUGUCAAGAUGAGCAUGACAAUGAGAUAAAGAUUAAAUACUUCUGUGGGCUUUGUGAUCUUACCUUUAAUGUAGAAGACACAUUCUUGACUCAUUAUCAAGAACGACACAGUAUAGAUUAUGUAUUUGUGUCAGAAAAAAUUGAAACUUCAAUUAAAACCGAGAAUGAUUUUACAGUACUAGAGACCAGCAACCAAUUAAACUGUGGUUGCCGUGAAAGUUACAUCUGUAAAAUGAACAGAAAGGAAGAUUACAGUAAAUGCCUCCAAAUCAUGUUGGACAAAGGUAAACUCUGGUAUCGCUGCAAUCUGUGCUCAGCAACGGCACAGAACGUAGCUGACGUGAAAACUCAUGUCCAUCAAGUACACGAAGAAAAGCGUGAUGCGCUGGAACAGCAGUAUAACAUCAGGUGUGGCACCUGCACCAAGGCAUUUCACGAUCCUGAGAGUGCUCAGCAACACUUCCACACAAAGCAUUGCUUCUUACAGAAUCCCAGUGUGGCUUACUCGGGAUCAGAAAAAGGAAACGUGUACAAGUUUACUGCCAGUGUCUCACCAACAGAGAGAAAGCUGAAACAGGCAGUAAGCUAUCCAAAAAAUUCAGACAUGGAAAAAGGAACUGAAAAUGACCUAAGCUGUCAGAAUAUAGAUGAAGAAGUUGAGCUUCCAGAUCUGGAUUAUCUGCGAACCAUGACUCAUAUAGUUUUUGUAGAUUUUGAUAACUGGUCAAACUUUUUUGGUCAUCUACCAGGACACCUUAACCAAGGAACAUUUAUUUGGGGCUUUCAAGGUGGAAACACCAAUUGGAAGCCUCCGCUCAACUGUAAGGUCUUUAAUUACCUAAACAAAAUUGGAUGCUUCUUUCUUCAUCCUCGCUGUAGUAAAAGAAAAGAUGCUGCUGAUUUUGCCAUAUGUAUGCACGCCGGCCGUCUGGAUGAACAACUGCCCAAGCAGAUUCCUUUUACCAUCCUCUCAGGAGAUCAAGGUUUUCUGGAGCUCGAGAAUCAGUUCAAGAAGACUCAGAGGCCAGCUCAUAUAUUGAACCCUCACCACUUGGAGGGAGAUAUGAUGUGUGCCUUGUUAAAUAGCAUAUCUGAUACCACCAAAGAAUGUGACAGUGAUGAUAACCUGGGUAUAAAAACUACUUCAAGAGAAGACUUCAUGUCGACAGAAGAUUUCAGUUGGAUUCCUUCCAGCUUGAUUUUAAAGAAGACACCACAGCUUCAGAAUGUAUCUGUCGUCACUCCAAAAUGACCACAUUAUACUUUCAGUUUGUAGGUUCACACAGUCCGGCAGUGCUUUGGGGGAGGCGUCUUUAAGCUGGACCUUGAAGACACCUGAGAGACACCAACAGGAGCUUUCUAAGUAGGAACAAGAAGAAGCUCAACAGGUGGGGCCAGAGGUCCACACCCGGUGUGAUGUCACUGAUACCCUAUUAGAAAGCUUCUGUGGUGUAUGAUAGAGAGCACCUGAAACUUUAGAAAUGAAGAGAAAGAUGUUUCAUCAUGACCUUAAGAAGUGGCAAUUGGAUUGUUUCAUGUUUUAAUUAAAAAAUUGUGACCAUUGUAUUUUUACCUGUAAAGCAAUUAAAAGUCAUUAGAAAGUUA